ACGGUCCAGCACCAGACGUGCUACAAGGACAAAACGAUUCCUGCAUAGGAAGACAGGAGGCUGGUCUACAGUCUCCUGAAAAGAUGUGACCAGGUGUUACAUUUCAGACGGACAAAGUACGAGGAGAAGGAGGUUCGUACAAUGGUGGAGGGCCUAUGGUGUCUUUUCCUUGGCUCAUAUCAGCACAAGGGAGUCUGGAUGAUCUUGAGACGAAGGUUCGGGCUCCCUGAUGUGGGAGAGCAAGGUCGCGGAGGGAACUGUAAGUCACCGAUACAGGUAGAGGUGUGUUGGCCUAAAAGUCGGUGUAUAGCUCACCUUUACCUUCCGUCAUAUGACUACUCUUGCAGCUACACACUGCUUGGACAAGCGGCGCAGGUGGGCAGCAUGGCUUUCAGGACAAUCAGUGGUAGACCCGCAAGGGCUACUUGGCAUACUGCCAACGCGUGGCAGCAAUGCACCGCCUGGCCGGCAGGCUAGAUCCGGUAGAUCUGUGCUUGCGGCUCCUUAAGCUGGCUCGUUCCCGAAUAAGAGCAGACACAAGUCAACUCCUCGCCAAGGCAGAGUUGGGUUUCAAACCUCCUCCAUCCAGAAGGUAGAUGCUUUGUCUUCGGAAAUGCGCUUGACGAGGACUUUGUCAAAGGACUCCGCAAUCA